GAAACAAUCUGAAUGUAUCAUUUAACUAACUUCAUUAUGUCUAGUUAUCAAAAUGCCUAAAAAUCCUAAAUUUCUCAUUAAAAAAUAUUAAAUUUAAGUCUUACAAAAAAAAUGCUUUCGGACGCUAAAUUAAUGGAAAGAAUAGUUUUAUAAAAGUUAUGACUCUGCCACCAUUAUUUAGCCAUUAUUUUCCUACAUUUGUAAAAGAUACUUAUAACAAUGAAGUCAACUUGUAUUGGUACCAUCCUGAAUUUUCGCAGAGUCGUUAUCCACCGGGACAAGGAAUAAGCGAAGCAUGUACAUUGAUAUGUCUUCUUGUGGCACAACGUGUAUCUCAAGGGAACAUAUUAAUUAACAAUGUAGAUACUUGUCCAGAAUUAUCCGUUAUUAUGGCCGAAGCAAUGGUAGAGGGUAAUGCAACGCAUGCAUGGAUCAUAAGUCAAAAACUUAUUCCUCAUCCGUAUCUCAAUACAGAAGAGGCUUUAAAAUAUGGUGGCAGAAGUCUAACUAUGUUAAAAGAAUGGAAAUUUCAUGUUUUUCAUGAAAAAAUUGAAACAAGUUUAUAUACAAACAUAAAAAGCUUUUUAAUUGAUUGGUAUAAAGACCCUCUGUCAACUAAUUUAUUCAUGUUGCUUAUAACAUGUGGUCGUACAGUACUUUUCAUAUUUCAAGAAAUAACAUACAAGGUUAUUUUAUUUGAUUCUCAUGGACAUAGUACUGUAAAACAUCCUAAUCGUGGAUUAGUCGUCGCGCAGACAUCGAUCGAUAAAUUGGAAUCUUUGUGCGAUUGGUAUAAUCAUGAAAUCGUGAAUAAUUGUUACAAUAUGCAAUCCUAUCAAUAUGAAUUGGCUUUUUUAUAUCCAGAAAAUGUAUGCAAGUGUAACAGUUGUUUUGAAGAAUAAUUAUUUUACAUGAUAGAGAAAAAAAAAAAA